GUCUCUCUUUCGAAGAUGGCGGACUCCUCGAACUCUCUAUUUCUCGGUUUUGACUUCAGCACUCAGCAGCUAAAAUUGGUGGCCAUCAAUGAACAUCUGGAUGUGGUUCAUCAGAGUAAUGUACAGUUUGACUCAGAGCUGCCUGAGUUCAGAACUCAGGGAGGCGUCCAUCUCCAUGAGGACAGACUCACUGUCACCUCUCCUGUACUCAUGUGGGUCAAGGCUCUUGACCUGUUAAUGGACAAAAUGAAGAGGAAGGGGUUUAACUUUUCCAUGGUCAGAUCUCUGUCUGGCAGCGGCCAGCAACAUGGCAGUGUGUUCUGGAAACGAGGAGCUCGUGUGACUUUGACCCAACUUGACCCGAGCCGAACCCUGCACCAGCUGCUGCAGGACUGUUUCUCAGUGUCUGACUCUCCGGUUUGGAUGGACUCUAGCAGCAGUCAACAGUGUGAGAAUCUGCAGGCAGCAGUAGGGGGCGCUCAAAUACUUGCAGACAUCACUGGAUCCAGAGCAUAUGAGCGUUUCACUGGAAACCAAAUUGCCAAAGUGCAUCAGAGACAACCGGAGAAGUUUCAGAACACUGAGAGAAUUCUGUUGGUCAGCAGUUUUGCUGCCUCACUGUUCCUUGGUGAUUAUGCAGCCAUUGACUACAGUGAUGGGUCGGGGAUGAAUCUGCUGGAUAUCAGGACCAGGUGCUGGUCUCAGAUCUGUCUGGACUCCACUGCACCAGACUUGGAGCAGUUGCUUGGUGUGCCACUGCCCUCCACCUCUGUGCUGGGUCCGAUCUCUUCCUACUUUGUGCAUCGCUAUGGUUUUUCUGAAAGCUGCAGUGUAGUGACCUUCACUGGAGACAACCCAGCUUCCCUGGCAGGGAUGAGGCUUCAGCAGGGUGACGUCACGGUCAGUCUGGGGACCAGUGACACUGUUUUUCUUUGGCCUCAGCAGCUGAAACCGUCUCUGGAAGGUCACAUCUUCUGUAACCCUGUGGACUGUCAGGAAUACAUGGCCCUGCUGUGCUUUAAGAACGGUUCUUUGACCAGAGAACGCAUCAGGAACCAGUGUGCUGGAGGAUCAUGGGAGGUUUUCUCUGCUGCUUUGAGGAAGACGCAGCUAGGAAAUAACGGAAACAUCGGUUUUUACUUCGAUAUUGUGGACAUUACUCCUCCAAUAGAGGGCGACCAUCGCUUUGACUCUGACGACACAGAGGUGUCGAGCUUCAGUCCAGAGGUGGAGGUGCGGGCGCUGGUGGAGGGUCAGUUUAUGUCUAGAAGAGUCCACGCAGAGAGACUGGGAUAUUCCACCAGAACUAGAGUUUUGGCCACAGGAGGCGCUUCAUCAAAUUCAGACAUUAUACAGGUUUUAUCUGAUGUCUUCAAUGCUCCUGUUUUUACCAUCGAUGUUUCCAACUCUGCCUGUUUGGGCUCAGCCUACAGAGCACUUCACGGCCCGGUUGCAGAAUCUGGUGUUUCCUUUUUUGACUUGCUGAAGAAUGCACCAGAACCACAACUAGUUGCUACGCCACACUCUGCAGCAGAGCAGGUCUACGCACCAAUGUUGAAGCGCUACACCCGACUGGAGGAAAGGAUCCUGCAGAAGACGAGAACCUGAGCUUUAGCAGCCAGUCAGACUGGCUGAUGGUGGAAAUGACACCAUGGAUUUUUAACCAAAUGUUAUGACGUUAUAGACCAGAGGUUGAAAAAGACCAAGUCCAUAGAGGGAACCAGUGAUUUUAACUUGCUGACACACAGAAGCUGCUGGUCUGCUGCUGCCUUUGUGCUCCCUGCUGGUGCUGCUGACGUCCGGUCACAGUGAUCAUCUGUCCUUCAUCUGCUGUUUGUUCCUGUCUAUGGCAUCAGACCUGAAAUCACUGAGUGAACCAGGGAGACACAGAGGGUUCUGGGUGCCUAGCAACAACCAGCUGCUCAUUCUCUCUCUCUCUCUCUCUCUCUUUCUUUCUUUCUCUCUCUCUAUUUAUCUCUACCCCCUCUCUCUCACACACAGCCAGAGAGUCAAUUAAGAAACUGUUAAUUUUGUCAUUUAAACUGUGUUCAUUUGUCCAAUUAGGCUUAGCUCUCUAAUUGAUCGCUUUGGGUGGAGACUGAAUAGGUGGAGGUUGUUUAUCAGACACACACACACACACACAUGGGUUGGGUUGUAUUGCAGCUGCUCAUUAAGGAGUGAACUGAUUAAAGCAUUGUGACAGUUUAAUAAGCAGCUCUGCCACUCCGUAGUCUCGACAUAA